UCAACAGAGAGUUGUUAUUUUUCUUUUCCAGAGAAUACUCAAAUGACAUCAUUUCUAAUUCUUCUAUAUUUAUCGCUCAUUAUAUUGAUCAGCAUUAUCACUGAAUGCCCAUUAUCCUCUCAUGCAUGUCAUGAAGAGGAAAGAAUGGCUCUGCUAAACUUUAAGUCAUCUUUGGAUGAUCCAGCUAAUCGCUUAUCCACAUGGCAAGCAAGCUUCGAACACCGAAACUGCUGCAAUUGGCAUGGUAUUAAAUGUUCAGAUGAGUCUCUUCAUGUUAUAUCCAUUGACCUUCGAAACACCGAGCUUGAAGAUUAUGCCAAUGAUCUCACUAACUUCGGUUCACCACCAGGUACUGCACUGCGAGGGUACGAACUGGAAUACCUUGCAUUAAACGACAACAAUCUCGAUGGUGCAUUUCCUACGUUCAUCCUAUCAAUGAACUAUUUAAGUGUUCUAAACUUGGGCAAUAACAACUUUGAAGGUAUUCUACCCACUGGUCUUGGUUCACUCGGAUUCCUCAAGAUUCUUUCUUUAAGGUCAAACAAAUUUAAUGGGUCCAUUUCUGAAGAGAUCCUUAUGAAUAUGCGACAACUUCAAAUACUAGACUUAUCAGUCAACUAUUUCUCGGGUCCAAUUCCAUUUAAUCUGGGAAACUUGACGAGUCUAACAGGUACACUUGCUCAAACGACGGGUAUGUUUAGCGUACAAUAUCAGUUGAAUAUCAAAGGCACCACUGCCCAAUUGGACCAGAUGUUUAUCUAUAAUUCAGGAAUUGAUCUAUCAUGUAACAUUCUUGAUGGAAACAUUCCAGAAGAGAUAGGCUUACUAAAAGGACUUGCUAUGCUUAAUCUGUCUCAUAAUGUUUUCUCGAGCAAUAUCCCAGCUAGUUUCGGAAAUAUGUCUAGUUUACAGUCUUUGGAUUUAAGUUCCAAUAGAUUGUCUGGUCGUAUCCCCCAAAAUUUGACAUCAAUCGACCGUCUUGCAUUUCUUAAUUUAUCUCAUAAUAAUUUGAGCGACAGGAUUCCAAGAGGAAACCACUUUGAUACGUUGAGUUUGGAUGGUUCAGCUUUUGCCGGGAAUGAUUUACUGUGCGGAUUUCCUUUGGUGAAAGUUUGCGAUGGGGAUCAUUUUAUUGACACAAGUGAUACUGGUCCUUCAAGUAAUGUUGAUGAAGACGAUCAAGAGGAUGGAAAGGAAAAGUUUAUGUUGUAUGCUAUUGUUUCCGUGGGGUUUGUAGUUGGAUUUUGGGGUUUGUUCCUUGUUAUGCUUCUAAAGAAACAAAAAUGGUGGUUUCCAUACUGGAAAAGCCUUGAUUCUAUUGCAGUUAGAAUAGUAGAAUGUUUUCACAGAAAACAACAGUGAUAAACUGUUUUUGUUUUCUUUAUUAUAAUUUCUAGUAUUGGAGAGACUUGUGUAUUCAACUGCAGUAAUAAAAUUAGCCGGUCUUAUUU